AUGGAUUUGAAUUUAUUGGAAAAGAUUUUAAAUUUAUUUGAUAAAUUUCAACUAAAUGGAAAAUCUCUUGAAAUAAAUAUUGAUCAAGAUUUAUUAAAAAUUCUUCCACUUCCACGAAAAUUAAUUAUUGAUCUUCUUCAUGAUGAUAUUAUAUCAAAGAUUUUUUAUUUAUCAGAAGAUCAAAAUACAGUUCAUUUUUCAAAUAAUCUCCGUUUAUGUCUUAUUGAUCAAAAUAAGGGUGGUUCAUGUAAAUCAUCAUCAUGUGAACAACUGCAUAUUUGUAAAGAUUAUAUAUUAAAUAGACAUUGUUUACAAUUAGAUACAUAUGGAAGAUGUUCACAUUCUCAUUCAUUAUUCACAACACAUAAUCAAUUUAUUCUUAAAAAAUAUAAAUUAUUAGAAAAUGAUGAACAAACAUUUCAGUUUAUUUCUUAUCUUAUACAAAUAUCAUUAUCAAUAACAAAUCCAUCAAGAUUAUUUCUACAAACAAAUAAUCAACAAUCAAUAACAGAAGAUUUAAUUGAUCUUUGGUUAAAUGAUCAUAAAUCUUUAUUAAUUCAUAAAAGAUGCAUUAAUCAAUAUACAAUUCAAUUAAUAUUUGGUGAUGAUGAAGAUGAUUUAUCUUUAAAUGAUUCGAAUAUCAAUAAAAAUAAUUUUAUUUCUAAUUCAAAUAAUAAUCAACAAGUUCAAUUAACAAAUAGAACUAUUUCUCCAACAUGUGAUAAAAGAUUAGAGAAUAAUGAUGAAAAUAAAUAUCGAGAUCAAAAUCGAAUUGGUUUAAUAUUUGGACGAUCUCGUGGUAGAAAUCAAUUAAAUAAUGUUCCACCUCCACCUUCAUUAUCAAAUCAACAAUUAUCAUCUAUCGAUUCAUCACUAACAAAUCAAAGAAAAUUUAAAUUUUCUUCACGUCUUAAUUCAACAAAAGAAACCGAUUUUUAUUCACAAGAAAUUAAAUCAAAAAACAAUGAGAAUAAAAUAAAUUCAACAUCCGAAAUAGAUAACAAUCAAAAUAAUUUUAUUUCAAAUCAAUUUGAUCAUCAUCAACAAUCUCAAGACAUUAAUUUAUCUUCAACAUCAUAUUCACCAAAUCUUGAACAUAAUCAAGAUGAAAUUCAUGAUAAUAAUAAAUCACCAUUAAUUGAUGAUCCUAAUGAAAUUGAUUCUUGUGAAAAUGCUUCAUCAAUAUCUACCGAUGUUAUUUCUAAAACACAUUUUGUUCUUCGUCGACAUAGCACUAGAAAUAAAGAUAAAAGUCCAGUUACAACAACAAUGAAUUAUUUUUAUAAGAAACAGUUUAAUGAUCAACAUUUGUGUUAUCUUCUUGGUCCUGGAAGAAAAUAUAUUACUGAAAAUGAUCAAUGUCAAAUAUUAUCGUGUUUACCAUCAGGUUAUUGUCGAUUAACAAAUAUUGAACAAGGAAAAGAUAUUGAAAAACGAUUAUAUUCUAUUUUACCUGAUACAUUGAAUAUUGAAACUGUGAAAAUCGAUAAUCAUCUUUCACUUAUUAUUUGUUCAUCAGCUGCAGAAUAUAUUUUUCAACAAAAUCAAAUAAAUUAUGCUAUUAUUACUGAACCAUUGAAAGUUUAUUUAAAUAUCGAUGUAAUUCAUGAAAAAAGAACUGAACAAAGAAAAUCUUCACCAAUAUUAUCUGAAAAUAAAAAAUCAUCUUCUAUCGAUGACGAACAUUGUCAACAGUUAUCAUCGGAUGGAAAAUUUCAUAUCAGUGCAACUGAUUCGUCAAUUGAUGUUAUAUCUGGUGAUAUAACUCAAAUUCCAGUUGAUAUGAUGAUAUGUGUAAGUACAUCAAAUAAUUUACGUGAUAGUAUUCUACGUCGUGCUGGUCAUAAAAUUGAAUCUCAAUAUAAAGAACGUUAUCAUCCAACAGACGCUUUACUACUUGAUGGUGGUUUAACUGCAGCAAGAAAAAUUCUUUUUGUUCCUUGGCAAACAGAAAUUGAAGAAGCAGAAAUAAUUAAAACUCAAAAGUCAUUGUCAGAUUUAGUUAAAUGGUGUAUUGAACAAGGAUAUCAACGAAAUAUGAAAUCAAUAUCAUUUCCACCUAUUGGCGCUGGUCAACUUGGUCUUGAUCCAGCUUUUGUUAGUGAAACAAUGAUUAAUGCAGUAAAUCAAUGUUUAAAACAAUAUAAAAUUGAUGUUCUCUUUGUUAUUUAUCCAUCAAGUGGAAUCAAUCCAAAUCAUCAACAUGAUGAUGAUGAUGAAUGUUAUCAAAUUUUUAGAAUUUAUCUUGAUAGUCUUUGUGACCAAAUUGAACCAAAAAAAGUUUCGACGCCAACCAUUGAUAAUCAAACAAAUUUAUCAACGAAUUUUGAGACACAAAAACAAAUUAUUCGACGAGAUAUACAAAGUAAACGUGUGUUAACAUUAUCAAAUUCAUCAAAUAUAAUUGAACAUCAUAAUUUAUUAAUAAAAUCAUUAGAAAAUUUGUUAUAUGAAAAAAGUCUUGACUUGUCACUUAUUGAAUCAUCAUUAAUCGAUAAAAUUGAUUUAUUAAUCGAUAUAUGUUUAAAAUAUAAUGUUAUUCCAUGUAUUGAUUAUUCUAAAAAUGAAUUAAAACUUAUUGGUGAUCAUGAUUCAUGUUUUCAAUGUUUUUUUAAUCUUUGUCAAAAUAAAAAAGUUUAUCAAUAUAGUUAUGUAUUAACUCAAGAUGGAGAAAAGAUCGAUGAAAUUAAAUUAAAUUCAUUUAUUUCAUUGAAAAUUGAUGAAGCUUUUGUUGUUAAAGAAUCAAAUAUUUAUAUUGAAGAUGAUAAAAUCAUGUUCAAUAUUGAUUUAAAUAAAUUACAAGUAAAAAUCAAUCAAACAAAUCAAUUGGCGUUUCUUGUUAAAAAAGAAAUUAAUUCUGAUUCAAAAUUAAAAUUACCAUCAUCAUGGUCUUCAUCUUUAUUUAUGAUUCGUACUAGAGAAAUAAAUAAAUCUGCAUAUGAAGGAUUAGAAUGUUUUAGAAUUUUUCAUGAAACAAUGUCAACUAAUGAUUGGAUUAUUGAACAAAUUUAUUCAAUUGAAAAUUAUCCAUUAUAUUUACAUUUUAAUAAUAAUAAUAAUAAUAAUUGUGAAACGAAAUUAUAUUAUCAUGGUUGUCCUUAUUCAUCAGUUCAAUCAAUAAUUCAUUAUGGUUUACAUUCAUCAAAUGCUUCUAAUUAUGGUUGUGAUCAAUUUGAAAAUCGAUCAAUUGGAUCAAUUUGUUUAACACGUGAUAUAUUAAAUAGUCAUUUAUAUGGAACUCGUCGUUCAACAGAUGGAAAACAUUAUUUAUUUGUUGUUGAAUUAGCUAAAUAUGAUUUAAAAAAUGAUUUUAUUUUAUUGACAAAUGAUGAUACUUAUUUAGCUUUACCAACAUAUUUAAUUGUUUAUCAAAGACGAAAUAAUUUUGAUUGA